AUGGAUUUGGAAGUCUAUUCUAAAACUGAGAACUACGGCGGAAUGUUUCUAAGAUGCCAGGUUGGGAAUGGGCGAAUGGCUAGUUUCUGGUAUGAUCAAUGGACUCCAUUGGGAACUCUCAUCACAUUCCUAGGUCCCUCGGGUCCUCGAGCACUUGGUGUUCUACUUCAUUCUACAGUUGCUGAUGCUUGCACACCUGUUGGAUGGAAACUCAGACACGCUAGAUCACCAGCUACAGAGACUCUUCAGCUUCAUCUAUGCACGGUACCUAUCCCCUCUAUCUCUACUGUCUCGGAUGCUUAUGUUUGGGAAGUGGAAAAUGUGGCUCUGGAGGCUUUCUCUACAAAGUUAACCUGGCAAGCUAUUCGUAACAGACGAGAGCGACAAUCAUGGACUGAAAAUGUUUGGUUCAAGGGAGCAAUCCCAAGUCAAGCAUUCAUGAUGUGGAUGACUCAUCUCGACCGUCUUCCCACAAGGGAGCGCAUUGCUAUAUGGGCUGUAAACACACUAGAUUCUUGUUGUGUUUGCAAUGUAUACUUGGAGUCCAGAGACCAUCUAUUUCUGCGGUGUGAAUUCAGUGAGCAUCUCUGGGUCCUAGUCCUUCAAAGAUUGGGCUAUAACCCGUUCCGGUUUCACACAUGGACGGCAUUUAUGGACUGGCUUGGUUUGAGAGAAAAUAUAUGUCCCCUCACGCUUCGUCGGUUAGCUGCUCAGGCGACUGUUUAUUCACUCUGGUGGGAGCGUAAUAACAGGUUGCAUAACUCGAUCUCAACGCCGGUGUCGCAUACUUUCAAGAAGAUUGAUAGACUCGUCCGUAACUCCAUCAUUGCAAGGAAGAACCGCAAAAAUUUCAGUAACCUAAUGAGACUUUGGCUGAAGUAUGAAUGA